GAGAGAGAGAGAGAGAGAGAGAAUGGAAGGUGAGAGAAGAAGGAAGAUAAUGGUUGCCAUGGAAUACAAUGAAGAGAGCAUCUAUGCCUUGGAAUGGGCUAUGACUUAUAUCAUAAUUCCUGCAACAUCGCUUGAUUCAGAAGUGUUUGAUCAUCUGGUUAUUUUAUUUAUAGUCCCCAAAGCUCCCUGGACUGCAACAAUUAUAGGAAAAGAGUCUUUAGUCACAAGCCAAUCGUUGAGUGAUGAUGAUCAUGAGAAUAAACAGAUUCAGAUGGCUCGUGGUGUUGCUGAACGAGUCAGAAAUAUGUGUGAGAAACAUAACAUAUCGUAUGAGAUGAAGACCAUAGCUGGAGAAGAAGCCAAAGCCCAGAUAUGUAAGGCAGCUAACACACUUGGGGUGGACCUCUUGGCUGUCGGCGACCAUCAGUACGGCGGAUGCAAAAGUUGCAGGCUGUUCUCAACUGGAAGUGUGGUGGACUAUUGCCUUCAGCAUGCCAAGUGCCCUGUCAUGGUUGUGAAAAGACGCCAUUACUGUUUAAACUAAUCACUUCAUCAAGAAGAA